AUGGUUUUCAUAAAAACAAUCGUAGAGAGAAAAAUCCUAGUAAAAGCAUUAAUCGAUACAACAUUUAAAUCCAAUACUAUUAGCAAGCGCUUGUAUAAUAAGCUUGAAGAAGAUUAUAGAUUAGAAGGUAUAUCUGGUGAUGAUUUGAUAAGCAAAGAAAUAAAAUGCUUAGAUUUGCAAUUUCGGUAUAAAGAAAAAUGGCAAAGCUUAGAUGGUAUCGAAGUAAUAGAUUUUCAAAUUCGCAAAAAUCCAUCAUUUGAUUUGGUGCUAGGACGGGAUUGGUUAUGGAUGCGUAAAGCAAAAAUAAGCUUUGGAUAUUCUUCCAAAACCUGUGUUCGCUAUGCUAAAAUUGUAAUCAAUGGUAUGAGUAUUCCAUUAAUCGAAGAAAAUAGUAAUAAAGCCAGCUCUAGUAAAAAUAAUUUAUUUAAAUCAACGGAAUCUAAACCUGGUUUAGCUCAAGAGGAG